AUGCAUGAUGAGCAUAUUUUGCUCGAUUUGAAGUGGGUUGAGGCAAUCGCCACUAGGACUAAUGACUCUAAAAUGGUUCUCAGUUUCCUUAAAGAAUACAUAUUUGCUAGAUUUGGAACUCCCAAAGCUAUAAUCAGUGAUGGAGGUACAGACUUUUGCAACCGAUCAUUUGAGGCUUUAUUAAAAAGCUAUAAAGUCAAACAAAUCCUUGAGAAGACUGUAGGCCCUACUAAAAAAGAUUGGUCGUUGCGCUUACAUGAUGCAUUAUGGGCUUAUAGAAUAGCAUAUAAGACUCCCAUAGGCAUGUCACCCUUCCGACUUGUCUAUGAAAAGCCUUGCCAUCUUCCUGUGGAGCUAGAACAUAGAGCUUAUUGGGCAAUAAAAAAGCUCAAUUUGGAUCUAAAGGAAGCAAUCCAUUUGAGGAGGUUUCAACUCAGUGAGUUUGAUGAGUUAAGGAAUGAUGCAUAUGAGAGCUCUCGAAUUUACAACGAAAUGACCAGAGCAUAUCAUGACAAUGCAAUCCCUAGGAAGUUGUUUGAGAUUGGGCAGAAAGUUCUUUUAUUCAAUUCACGCCUUAGGCUCUUCCUUGGUAAGCUUCGUUCCCGUUGGUAUGGUAUGUUUCUUGUCACUAAUGUUUAUCCUCAUGGUGCAGUGGACAUUCAAAACAUCCAGACAGGGAACACUUUCAAAGUGAAUGGCCAUCGUCUUAAGCCAUACUAUGAUGCUUAUCAACCAAUUCCUGAGGUUGCUGAGACUCUCCAUCCACCACCACCAUUAGCCACUUAA